AUGGCUAGACGUCGAGGGGCAGCGUCCACGGGCGUCGCCCGCCGAGCCGAAGCUGCGCAGAGAGCGGCCCGCGCAUCGCCUCGAACUACUAGGAGUACUCGAUCAUCAAUGAACCAGCCCGACGGCGACGCCCUCGUCCCUGGCGUCUACAGGCAGAUGCUGCGCGAGUCUGGGGCCCUGCCCAACCGCAUGACGUCAGAAGACGCCGAGCGGCCUCUGAAAAGGCGGCGCACCGGUCGACAGACUGCCCCAGAAAGCCCCACGUCUCAGGAUCACAAGGCCGAUCGACGUGUGGUCGGCGGUUCCCCGACUGGGCGAGCGAAUAUCAAGUCGAUUGUCGAAGAGCUUAAGAGCGAAGACGACGACGACGAAGACAUCGAGUUUGAGGAUGUCGAUAUACCCAAGCCGACCGUGCAGACCACCUAUCGCGAGUCGAGUGACGAAGAAUCCGAAGAGGACGCCCAGUUCGAGGAUGUAGACUUCAGUGCAGUCUUUGCGAACAAUGAUCAGGCUCCUGAACAACAAGAGAAGACGCUUGAGCUCAACCUCACUGCGGCCAAGGAGGCCCUGGCUCCCUCGAGGCGCGCCGCGGAUCGCAGGAAACCUAUUACCAAGGAAGAGAAGGAACAACGUGUUGAAAUACAUAAAGCACACAUACUGUGUCUGCUAGCACAUGUCGAGAAGAGAAAUCACUGGUGCAACGACCCAGUGGUGCAGGAAAACCUACGGCCUCUACUCACGGCCAAGAUUGUACACUGGCUCAAUCCAGAGCCGCAUUUGACUCAGUUUGGCCGGACCGAGUCCCUCAAAAAAGGCCUGCAGAUGAUUAUGGAGAAGUUUCAGCAGAGGUUUACAAUCAAUGAAAUCGGCCUGCGAAGGGCUCUAUGGGCCGAAGACGAGAAGCAGCUGGAAAAUUAUGGACUCCCUGAUGAGAUAGAUACUUGUCUGGAAAAGUCCGACUUCCGCAAGGCUGCCAAACGCAUGAACGGCUCGAGAGAUGUCGGCUCUCAACUGUUUUGCGCGCUGCUGAGGGCUGCUGGCGUAGAGACCCGCCUUGUCUGCUCGCUGCAGCCUCUGUCCUUUGUCACCGGCGGCCCUACAUUGCCAAAACCUCGCCAGGCCAAAACACCUUCCAGACCAACCCCGGCCAGGGUUGAGGCUACACGAACAGAGCCAACUCCAUCUGCCGCGAUUCCGUCCCCUCGUGCUCGUCUUGGCCAUCCAAACGCUGCCGCAUAUAUCGUCCCGGAGAUUUCCGCACCCCCAACGACUGUCCCGCCCCGAACCCCACCGAGGCAACCUGCAACCCUCCGUGAAUCUGAAUAUCCGGUGUACUGGGUCGAGGUACUUGACGCAGCCCAUCAAAAAUGGCAGCCCGUGGAUGCCCUCGUAACAUACACCAUGUUUCGCGCUAACAAACUUGAACCACCCGCCGCGGACCGUGGAAACUGCCUUAGCUACGUUGUUGCCUUUGAAGAGGACGGUUCCGGAAAAGACGUGACGCGACGAUACGCCAAGGCAUACAAUGCCAAAACAAGACGCUUGCGUGUCGAUGGACCGUUGGUUCCCGAAGACGAUGGGAAGAAGUGGUGGCGCAAAGUCAUGCGCCGCUACAAGCAGCCCGGAGCUCGAAGCGAUCUAGAUCAGAUCGAGAACAACGAGCUCAGCGGCAUGGAGGCAAGGGAGCCGAUGCCGCGUAACGUGGCGGACUUCAAGAACCAUCCCGUGUAUGCGCUCGAACGGCACAUGCGGCGGCACGAAGUCCUCGCGCCAGACGCACCGGUCGUCGGUACGGUCGGAGCGGGCAGCAAAGGCCCCCUGGAAAAGAUCUACCGGCGGCGGGAUGUACGCGCCGCGAAGAGCGUUGACAAAUGGUACCGCCUGGGCAGGGAGAUCAAGCCUGGGGAGGAACCGGUCAAGGUCCUGCCAAGGCGGAAAAGGCCCCAGAGAGGGGGCAGGAGGGCAGUUGAUGACGAUCAGGACGACAGCAGCAGCGACGACCCUGUCCUCGGGCCCAGCCCGUCCAAGGGCAUACCGAUCUUCACCUUUGACCAGACGUCGCUCUACGUCCCGCCGCCCGUGGUCGCCGGCCGCAUCCCAAAGAACAAGUUCGGGAACCUCGAUCUCUACGUGCCUAGCAUGGUGCCUGCCGGCGGCGCGCAUGUCUCCCAUCCACGCGCGGGACACGCUGCCCACAUCCUGGGCGUGGACUACGCGCCCGCGCUGAUGGGGUUUGACUGGAGGGGCCGGAAGGGCACGGCUGUGUACAACGGUGUCGUCGUACCUGCCGAGGCGGAGGAGGGCGUGAGAGCUGUCAUUGAUGGGUUCGAGGACCUUGAGGUGAUGCUGGAGGAGGAGAAGAGGAGCCGAAGGGCCCUGGCGACAUGGAAGAGGCUGCUGAGGGGGCUGCGGAUCCGGAAGAGCGUCUUCGGGGACGAGGAUGUAUUUGAUGAGUCCAUUCCCUUGGAAGACUUCCCUGUGGAUGAGGAGAUGGGCGAUGACGAUUCGGAUCAAUAUGCUGGGGGAUUUGAACCUGAUUACCAGCAGGCAGGUGGCUUUGAGCCCGGUAGUUUCGAGGCAGGCGGCUUUGAGCCGGGUGGCUUUGAGCCAGGUGGAUUUGAACCAGGUGGAUUUGAACCAGGAGGUUUCGAGUCAAGUGGGUUUGAGCCCGGCGGGUUCGAGCCUGAUGGCUCCAGCGUCGACGUCAAGGGUAAAGGCAGGGCCACAGAUACUGGUCCCGGACAUUAUUCAGUGCAGAUGUCUGAGGACAACGGGAAUGUCCCCCGCAGGCAACGUGUAAGGAGACGCGUGCUGGAAAGCGAUGACGAGGAUGGGGAACACGAGCAGAACACGGAGACACCAGCGGAGGAAACACAGCCCGGCGACACCAACACACCCCCAAGAUCACCGGCCGCCGAACCAGGCGGCUUCGAGAUCGACCCAGCUGUGCCGGGUCCUCCUCCGCCGACGGAGGAAACUGAGGCCGUGACAGCUGCUAGCGAGGCUGUCGUCGAGGCUGUGCAACAAGACGCCGGACCGGGCGGCUCUGAGGUAGAUGAGGAUCAUGGAGCUGUUCUUGACACCGCCAGCGCUGAGGCGGCGACAGCGCAAAAGCACGAUGGCCCGGCUGACGUGCGUGAUGCGGCGGAACGGCGCCAACAAGGUAGCGGCGAGGACACUGAUCUGGACGAUGCCCCUAGCGAUGUCACGGAGGAGAUGUAUAUGGACGAAGAUGGAUCUCUGAUCGAGUGA